AGUUUAUUGCUGAGCUGCAGUUGCAGGCAUCCUUAAGGCAGCAGCCAUGGGAAGGCGACGUGGGGAGGGGGCGCUGCCUGCUUAUCCUGGAGGUGGGAUGUGACAAAGCAGGAGCUGCAGAGAGGGCUGCAAACACAUCCAAGUAACAAGCUGCCUGGCGCGCGGCGGGGAGAGCAGCAAGGAAGGCAAUUAAAAGCCUGAAAGAGCAACAUGGUCUUCAAUUAAUUGCUGCCACAUUGCAGCCUGGAAAACGGAAAUUUCUCUCCCUUUGGCAUCAGAAAACGGCUCCUUUGCGAGCAUAAGGAUCUAGCAGAGCAAGGCUGGCAGGGACUGAGUUCGGAGACGGAGUGAAAUGUACUGCGGCUAACCAGUGCAAGGCAAGACAACACAUCUUCCCUGUGGUCCAACAUGCUGGGUAAAGACUACAUGCUGGCCAUCAUCAUAGUCAACUAUGAUGACAACAUCUGGAAUGAUCAAAAUCUGGAGCCAGAUUCAGAUCUACCACCUGGAUGGAGAACUAUCCGUGACAGCACAGGCACCUAUUACUGGCAUGUGCCCACGGGCACUACACAGUGGCAGCACCCAACAUGUAACCUGGAGGGAGAGCGAGCGACAGUGAGUGGCAUUGCUGCACCUGAUCCCAAGAUCAGGAACAAUGACACCUUGAGAAGAAACUCCAGAGGGAGGCAGACUGAGGACCCAACAGUCUCUGCGAAUUCGAGAAAUCUGUUACCAUGGCAAGAGGAUGAAUACUUCCGGACCAACAGUGACCCAGACUCCAAGUGCUUUGCUGUUCGCUCGCUGGGAUGGGUGGAAAUCCCAGAAGAAGAUCUGACUCCAGGGAAGAGUAGCAUUGCAGUGAAUAACUGCAUUCAGCAGCUGUCCCACAGCAAGUGUGAGGGGAGAGAUGCUGUGGGAGCCUGGGGAGAGGGCCAAGAUAUGGUCAUGAUCCUCAAAAAAGACACCCUGAGCCUGGUUGACCCCGUGGACCACAGCCUAAUCCAUUGCCAGCCCAUCAUCAAUAUUCGCGUUUGGGGAGUUGGAUGUAACAAUGGCAGGUACAGGGAUUUUGCCUUUGUUGCCAGUGACAAGGACACCUGUAUGCUGAAAUGCCAUGUCUUUCGCUGUGAUGUCCCAGCAAAAGCGAUUGCUGCUACACUACACGAGAUGUGCUCAAAGAUCAUGGCAGAACGAGCGAUAAUGUACCCUUCAGUGCCCAGGUCUCUGACGAUGGAAAGCAUCUCCCCUGAAGAUCUGCCAUUACAAGUUGACUUUUUGGAAGCUGUGAGAGAAAGCAUUCAGAAGUUCCAGGUGCUUUAUAUUGGACAUCUGCCUGUACCUAGAGCUAUGGGAAUGGAAGUGCUGAACAGAGCGAUUGAAAAUAUCAUGAGUUCAUCAGAGCAAUCUGAAUGGGAACCAAUUAGCAUUCAUGUCUCGGACACCGUCUUAUCAUUAUGGAAAGGAGAGGAUGGAGAUGACCCUUUCUGGGAAUGCCAAGUGCGCUAUCUGACUUUCCUAGGAGUGGGAAAGGACACACACACAUUUGCAGUAAUUGUGGAUGCUGGACGCCAGCGUUUCGAGUGCCAUGUCUUUUGGUGUGAUCCAGACGCGGGGAGCAUUUCGGAAGCUGUUCAGGCCGCUUGUAUGGUGCAGUAUCAGAAAUGCUUGGUGGCCCAGACCCCACCAGUGCGGUCCAAGAUAUCCCAUGCUGAGCCUAAGGUGAAGCGGGCCACAUCCAUGGACAGCUCAGGGUUCCUGCCCAGCACUCGGGGCAGUUCCCCACCAAAGUUUGCAACUUCCAGCAUGAAGAAGGGUAUGCUGGCAUUUUUUGAGACUUUCAAAAACAAGCAAGCGGCCGUGUCGACACCCCAGUGACGCAAGACACAGGGCGAGAGGGGAGAUGGAGAGACGUGACGGAGACCCUGACAGUCUUGUCAGUUUGGAAUUGCUCAGUGGCUGAACAAGAAGUCAUUUUUAUCUGCUGUGGAUGAUUAGAUAAACUUGAAUAGUUCAGAUAUUUGUCCAUUCCUGCAUCAAAGUCCCUACAGAUUCCUUACUAAAAAAAAAAGACCUAAUAGAUCAGAGAAGGCUAUUUAACAAUGUGAAUGUGUGAUUGUGGACUUAAAGAGUUAGAUGAGUAUUAUUUGUAUUAAGGUACUGGACUUCAUGACAGCUGAUGAUCAGUGGCUCAUAGUGUCCACUGUUGGGCCCAAGGGGAAGUGGGCUGCAUGGAAAGAAUAUUUUGGUCAUCACGUCCUCCCAGGUCACAUUGCACCACUUUCAUCAAAGGUCAUAAACAGUCCAAGACAAGAGAGGCCAGAAAGAGCUGCAGAGGGAAUCCACUGACAACACACAAUGCUGCCCCUGAUGGCCAAAGAGAAGUAAAUUGAUCAAAUGAUCCUGUCAUAAUUGUCCUUCCAACUGGACAAUCACCAGACCAUGAAAUUGUGUUAUAUCUUGAUGCAGCCAGACUCUCUCAAAAGGAUUCCCAGCUUCCCAGGCUCUGCGAGUGUCUGGCUGUGACUGUCAAGCCAACAAAAACGGCUUCCCCUCCUCUAUGGGCUGUAAAAGGUGAACGUAGAGCUGACAUAAUCUGUUCUGCUUUGUAAAGCACUUUAGGAUGGUGCUUGCUCUUAAAGGUGUUAUAUACAAUAAAGACUGAUGAUUUAAAGUGAGAAAUGAACCUUGUUUGCUUUGUACAGUGCCUUAAUGUAGUGUGCUAUGUGAAAGGUGCCUGAUAAAAUAAAUACUAACUGAUGAUCCGAGGAA